AUGGUCGUCAUAAUACCUGCAAUACCUGUUUCCGAAGCAAAACAAUGUAACAAGAAGUCAAGAAACAAAAGUGCGCAAAGAGUAGAUAAUGUACGCUACAAUAUAAUGUCACCCACGUCGCAGUUAACACAUCGUGCAGCGGAUGAACAAUAUGUAGGCGAUAUAUUGCCGUAA